GUGAUAAACUCAAGCAGGGGUGCUGGGGGAGUGUCUGUAUGUGCUUCAGACGGACAGUGGUGUGUAUCACGCAGCCAGAGACCCAUACACCGCUACGGACCUGCUGAAAGGUUGGCACAGCGCGUCGUCCCGCCGGAGUUUGUCGGAGAAAGAGGUGGUGACCCUUCCAGUCCCGCUGCUUAAAGCCCGGUCCAACCCAGACCAGCCCCGUUCUCAGUGUCCUACACCCCUCUCUCCCACCUCUCCUCUCUCUCCUCCUCUUUCCUUCUCUACCUCUCCCCUGACUCUCCCUUUCUCACCCUCCCCUCUCUAUGAUACUCGUUGUCCCCUGAUGGGAACCUCAUCCAAACGUGCCACGAGUCCACCGCCGCUAAUAGCCAAACCAUACCCCUAACCACCGCCCGUCGCCAUGGAGAUGAAGCAGUCACUGACGAUGGACAGAGGCAACGAAGGGGGAGUGAAAGUGAAAGGGGAGGAGUCAUCGCAGGAGAACGGCAGGCUGAUGCAGGCUCACGGAGGGAUGGCAGAAAAGGGGGACCCCAGAGUGAACUCUGGUGGGGGGUCGGGAGGGGUGUCCAAUGGGUACCCCACUUCCACAGCGCAGAGCCCCAGGGAGGGGGGAGGGCCACCGUUGGGCUUGCCCACAGGUGGCCUCAGGACUCUGGUCGUCCAGCAGACAAAUCUGGACCGGCCCCGGGAGACCUGGAGCAAAAAGAUGGACUUCCUCUUGUCUGUGAUUGGCUAUGCUGUUGACCUGGGCAAUGUGUGGCGUUUCCCCUACAUUUGCUACCAGAACGGUGGAGGUGCUUUCCUGCUGCCCUACAUGCUGAUGGCGGUGUUCGGCGGAGUGCCCCUCUUCUACAUGGAGCUGGCGCUGGGGCAGUUCCAUCGUAGUGGCUGCAUCUCCAUCUGGAAACACAUCUGCCCCAUCUUCAAGGGUAUCGGCUUCGCCAUCUGCAUCAUAGCGCUGUACAUAGCGUUCUACUACAACACCAUCAUGGCGUGGGCCUUGUACUACUUCCUGGCAUCAUUCCAGCCCACCCUCCCCUGGACCACCUGCACCAACCCCUGGAACACCAACCACUGCCUCCGCUACCUGUCCACCGACAGCAACCUGACCUGGACCAACACCUCCACCUCGCCGGCGGAGGAGUUCUAUACGCGUCAGGUGUUACAGGUGCAUUUGUCUCCAGGUCUGCAUGCGUUGGGCAGUGUGAGUUGGCAGCUGGCUCUCUGCCUUCUGUUGAUCUUCACCGUUGUCUACUUCAGCAUCUGGAAGGGAGUCAAGACCUCUGGCAAGGUGGUCUGGGUGACAGCCACCUUCCCGUACCUGGUCCUCCUGGUGCUGCUCAUCCGUGGGGCCACUCUACCAGGGGCCUGGAGGGGUGUGGUCUUUUACCUCAAACCUGAUUGGGGGAAACUGCUGAGCACAACUGUAUGGAUUGAUGCAGCAGCUCAGAUUUUCUUUUCUCUGGGACCAGGUUUUGGGGUGCUCCUGGCCUUUGCCAGCUACAACCCUUUUCACAACAACUGCUACAGGGAUGCCUUGGUGACUAGCUCGGUGAACUGCUUGACCAGUUUCCUGUCCGGCUUUGUAAUCUUCACCGUGCUGGGAUACAUGGCUGAGAUGCGUCAAGUCGGCGUGGAGACCGUAGCCAAGGAUGCUGGUCCCAGUCUCCUGUUCAUCAUCUAUGCUGAAGCCAUCGCAAACAUGCCGGCUGCCACCUUCUUCGCCAUCAUCUUCUUCCUUAUGAUCAUUAUGCUGGGCCUGGACAGCACGUUUGCUGGUCUGGAGGGUGUGAUUACGGCCAUGAUAGAUGAGUUCCCACAGGUCUUGUCUAAGAGGAGGGAGUUGUUUGUCCUGGGUCUGGUUGGUGUCUGUUACCUGGGAGCCCUCUCCACCCUCACCUACGGGGGUGCGUUUGUGGUGAAACUUUUUGAGGAGUACGCCACAGGGCCUGCUGUCAUCACUGUCGUCUUCCUGGAAGUCAUCGCUGUUUCCUGGUUCUAUGGUACAAGUCGUUUCUGCAGUGAUGUCCACAUGAUGUUAGGAUUCUCCCCCGGGCUGUUUUGGAAAGUGUGCUGGGUGGCUAUAUGCCCUAUCUUCCUAUUGUUCAUCAUUGUCAGUUUCCUGGCAUUCCCCCCGGAGGUGAAGUUGUUUGACUACCUCUACCCACCGUGGACCACUGUCCUGGGUUACUGCAUCGGAGUCUCCUCCUUCAUCUGUGUACCUGCCUACAUGGUCUACCACCUGCUCACCACCAAAGGGACCUUUAAACAGCGUCUCCUGAAGGGCAUCACUCCUGUACCCAGCGGCCUUCACAGUGACAUCAUUAUCACCAACGCCAUCUGACCUGGCCAGGGCAGAUGACGGCGCCCUCUGCUGGACACAGGAACAAUUACAGAACAGGGGUGGAGGCUUUGUCCCUUCCUUGAGAACCCAACAGAUCCCAACCAUAGAGUUCAGCGCUGAAAGGCACUAACCCCAGAUCCCACUCCUCCGUCACCCCCAUUCUCUCUCAUUCUGUUAGCUAACCAUUCGCUCCGAAAACCGUCACUGUUUUGAUUCUGUACUACACUGGUCAGGGCAUUUCAACUACCGGCACCCAGAGUUUUACAAGCCACGGCACAAUGACUUGUGGACUGUUAUUGACCCAUCUUUCAUCAUCUAUGCCUGUCCAUCACCAUUAUAAUCACUGCAUAGAGUAUAAUAUGAGAACACACCAUGUCUUUGCCAGGUCCACUACUAGAAUAUAAAUGUUUCAGACUCACUGCUUCCUUUGACACUCCGCCCUCGCUCUGUUGACGAGUUAGGAAUUCUGCCGUUUAGCUGGAUAUUCAUGACAAAAUUCAGGUAUCUUUUCACGUCUAUAUGAAGCCAAAUAUUGCAUUGAUAUUUCUGCAGGUAUUGCCAAGAGUGUGAGCUGUGGCUGUGUUUUAGCUGGGAGUCAGCGGUUUCUCUCUGAAUGGCAAUGUGGUGGCUUAGCCUUUGAAUGGGCCACUGUUGUAGGAGCGUUUAUGCGUGGUGGUGUGAUGUACACCGAAGGAGGUGACUUCUGAGGGGAGUUCAGGGCUUGGGCCAGUCACAGGGAUCCAUCAGAUGGAGUGUGUGAGGCUCUGUCGUGUGUGCACUCAUGCAGACAUUUAUUGAUGUGUGUUGUAUGUAAGCAUGUUUACGCCUGGACAACUGUGUGUGUGUGUGUGUGUGUGUGUGUGUUUGUGUGUGUGUAUGUGUUUGCAUGCCUGGAUCAGGCAAAAACGGAUGGAGUGUAGGGAGGACCUACCCUGUGCUCCUCGGGAGUCUUCUGUUAUUAUGAUAUCAAAUAUUUAUUUUAAAGAAUUGUUAAUGCACUCAUCUAUGUAUGCUUCCAUGUGUUUAUCUCUUUCACUAUAAUCUGACAUCCUAAUGACAUCUUUUUGAUGAAUGAAACACAAUUUCCAUAUGUUCAUCGUCUAUAGUGGGAACCAAAUAUUGAUCACUACUAUUUUCAUAUCCAUUGCUCAAUCCUCAAAGAUGUGUCUGAAAAUAACCAGAUGUCUUGACUUACUGAAACAUUUGUUGUGUUUAGGAACGGGAGUAAAAUUAUGAUCUGUGUAUAGUGAGUCUUAGUGUCAGCGUAUAUCCUGUCUGCUCACUUAAAAACAGUAUGUUUGUGUGAGAGCCUCAGAAUGGAGUGAGUUCAAAUGCUAUGGGACAUUUUUCAGAUACUUUUAGCAUUUUCUUUAGCCUGCCCAGGGUGCCAGGUGGGCAUAGAUUUCUUUAGCCUGCCUAGUGUGUCAGGUGGGCAUAGUUUUCUUUAGCCUGCCUAGAGUGCCAGGUGGGCAGAGUUUUCUUUAGCCAACCUAGAGUGCCUGGUGGGCGGAGUUUUCUUUAGCCAAUCUAAAGUGCCCGGUGGGCAGAGUUUUCUUUAGCCAACCUAGAGUGCCUGGUGGGCGGAGUUUUCUUUAGCCAAUCUAAAGUGCCCGGUGGGCAGAGUUUUCUUUAGCCAACCUAGAGUGCCUGGUGGGCGGAGUUUGCAGUUUUGCAACUGCUUCAUUUAUUCCAAUGCACCAGGCAAUCAGAUCUGAAGUAUUUGAAUUUGUGUGUGUGUGUGUGUGUGCAUGUGUAAAUUCAGAGCAGAAGUAGAGAUGUGAUCAGCUGUCAGUGUGAGCAUGCCAACGUGUGUAACCUGUGCUUAAACUUGGAUCCGUAAAGUAAUCUUUUCUCGUCUUGUUCCUCGAAAUAAAUGUGAUGUUAAAAUCCCUCUGUCAAACCUCGAGAGCUUAUCUAAUGUAUCAUGAUAAAUGUAUGUCUGUAUAAGAUUGUAUUGAGAAAUAAACCUGUAUAGAAGAGAGAUAUAUUAAUUAAUAGAUAAAUAAAGUCAAGAUAUACAUACGUUG